CAGUCUCCUCCACGCUGUGAGUGCGCAGCGUCUGCACAGAUCGCUCCAAACUGGAACUUAAACUCACUUUGCAUGAACCUGCACAACUUUUCUGCUGUUUUCUCGGCUGUGAACGACCCUCGGUGUUCCGCUGUGGCUGUUUUUAAUCAGAUAUUACGACCCGAAAACCGUCGGGACAAGUGAAGAUAGAAGCAGCGGGAGUGGUCUGGAAACUUUUGCCAUCAUGAGCAAGCAGACGGUCAACCUUGAUACCUACAGCCUGUCGUUGCUCACGGCCAAAGAGGACAUCCUCAACCCCCGUUCCUCCGCCAACUGGGCAAUAUUCACAUAUGAUGGAGUCACCAACAAGCUCAAGCUGGCUGACUCAGGAGCGGGUGGUGUGGCAGAACUGUCCGGCAAAUUUCACAUCUCCAAGCCUCAAUACGGACUGUGCAAAGUGGGAAGUGUGGAGACAGGAGGCCCCCGGAUUGCUAUGAUCAACUGGGUCGGUCAAAAUGUGGAUGACUUCCGAAGGACAGAAUGUGCCAGCCACAUUCCAGCCAUCAAAAACUUUUUCAAGGAAGCUCAUGUGUUCAUUAGCGCAGAGAAAGUGGAGGAUGUGACAGAGGAGAAUAUACAAGCUGAGCUCAACAAGGUCCAGGCCAAUGCUCCCACCCAGUGGGCGAGAAGGAGCUCCAGGUCCGCUGACAAAGAGGACUUAGUGGGUACCAACUACAGAAAAACUAAUGCUGCCAUGGAGAUGAGACGUAUAAACAGAGACUCCUUCUGGGCCCGUGCAGAGCGUGAAGAGGAAGAGAGGAAAGACGAUGAUAAGAGACGAGCAGCAGAGGAGAGACGCCGCAUUGAAAGAGAAAGAGUUUUAAAAGAGAGGAGGGAUGCAGAAGAGAGAGACAAGAGGAUGAAUGAGAAGCUACAGAUGAUUGAGGAGCAAAGGAGAAAACGGGCAGAGCAAGAAGAAGAGCUAGGCAAAAAGGAGAAAUUAAAAUGGGAGCAUCAGCAGAGGGAGCAUUUCGAUGACAUGAGGGCUCGUCUGAGAAGGAGUGAGUCCAUAGAAAAAGCAGCAGAGGCAGCAGAAUUAGUGUCCCAGCGCUCCAUGAACCCCAGGGAGUUCUUCAGGCAGCUCUCAUCAUCAUCAUCACAGAGUCCCACCAGCCCUGGAUCCUCCCGCUCUGGCAAACCCUUCAGACGAUACCAGCGCAGCCUGACAGACACAGCCUUCAUCUUCACUAAAGCAGAGGACAGCACGUCUUCCUCCCCUUACAGCUCACCCCUGGUCUCCCCAUUCUCUCGGGCUGCUACCUCCCCCAUCUAUCGUGCCACCUCUCCCCCUACAAGCCCUAAUUUCCGCCCUGCCACUUCACUAAGGCCCAGAGCCCCCAUGUCACCGCCUACAUCACCCCUUCGCCCGGCCCCUCCGGUCUCGGCCCUGCCCAGCGUUCCACAAAGUAAAAACCAAAUUCAGGCUGUUGUUGAGCCCAGACCUCCGUCACCCACAGAACCCUCUGCACCUCCUGCUUCCCCUGAUCUCUUGGCUUCAUUGUCCUCCUGUUUAAACAAACCCUCCCACUCCCAUGCAGACGCCCUCCCUUCCUCCCCCCCAAACACCCCAAACCAGCCCGAGGACUCAGCUUUCUGCUUCGAGCCUGCUCCUGUUCCCGAGAGAAUCACAGACCUCAACACAUCCACUCAUGGGCACACUGAGCUGGUCUCAGAAAUUGCCUACAAAGUACAGGCUGUACUGGUGGAGGAGGACGAGGAAGAGGAAGAGGAGGAUCACGAGGAAGAAAAGGCUGAAACACAACAACAGUCUUGCACUAUCAUCGCAGAACCAGGCGAGACUGAGGAUCAUGAGGAAGAGGUAGAGGAAAAGAAGGAGGAAGAAGAGGAAGAAAAAGAAGUAGAAGAGGACAACAAAGAAGAGAAGGAGGAAUUACAGCUUACAGUGGACCAUCCAGUGGAAAAGCUGCAGGAGGAAGAGGAGGCAAAGGAAGAUGAAGAGGAGAAUGACCAAUCAGAAGACGGCCAGGAUCCCUCUGACAUGGCUGUGCUUUCAAAGAAAGAGGAAGAGUCAACAGCUACAGAUGGCGAACCCAUUUGUGAAGUAAACAACCACGAGACUGUGGUCCUGUCAACCAAUGGGAUCACAAAUGGCGAGGGCACAAAUGGACAAAAUGGAAUAGGGCGGUCUCUGAGUCCCUCUGACACAGAGCUCAGCUCACCAGAGCUGACUGGGAGCUACGAUCUCCAUGGCACUGCAGAGGAGGACGACGUCAUUGAGGAAGAGGACCAGAUCAUCUCUGAAAAUGGACAAGAGGUUUCAGCCGAGCGACAAAUGUGUGUCCGAGCGUUGUAUGACUACCAAGCAGAGGACGAAUCUGAGAUCUCCUUUGAACCCGGUGACAUCAUAAAAGACGUGGAGACGGUGGACAAAGCUUGGUGGAGGGGGUGGAGCAAAGAUGGACGCCAAGGCUUAUUCCCUGCCAACUAUGUAGAGACCAUAUAGGCAGGCAGAGAAACACACACACACACACACACACACACACACACACACACACACACACACACACACACACACACACACAC